AAUAUUGUGGAUGAUUGCCAGUUUAAAUAUUUUUGUGCUUGGAGUUAGGUUUCUACAAAAUAUAUAUUUGUGUUAAAUAUCUUGCAACCUCUGUAUAUUUUCAGAAUCGUUAAAAAUUUUACCAAUAUAAUCUGAUAGUUGGGUGUCAUUACAGCGCUAAUGGAAUUUUAAUAUGUUUCGUAUAGUACACGUAAUAUGAUCAUAAAAAGCACACCCGUUGUAUGUAUCUGCUAAAUGUACACCUAUUUGAAGAUGGAAAAAACACAAAGGUGGGUUAUUAAGGUUUCCUGAAGGUGAAUUACAUAUAACAGUUUUGAGUUUAUUUUCGCGGAUGAAUUUUUAAUUAUUUCAAAGUUUUAUCGCGUGCUAACUGAAUUAGGAGGACGCUACUGUGGACGAAAACUAUGCAAAGAUCGGUUGUAUUCAUGCACUAUAAUAAAGUUAAUUAAAUUGCAGUGUGAUUUGUUAUUAUAUUUAGUUUUAAAAGUCAGUUUUUUCCUUGCAUCCUUUUUAAUUUUUUUCUGUUAUUACAAUUUCAUAAAUUUCUAGAAUAAGCGGAAUGCGCGCGUUGAUUGGUCGAUUAAAUAGAUAAGGAAGAUGGUCGACGAGUAGUUCUACUAGAGGGAAAUUUGAACGCAUUUUUAAGAAAGGAAGACAGGAAAUAAUUAAAGGACGAAGAAGGGUAAACAUAUCGACUUAAAAUAAUCAAAACUCAUAGAUGAGGACUGGACAUAUAUGUGAUGAGUAGAAACGGCGACAUUAUGGAAAUAUCCUCCUACAGUAAUUUCCUUACUGUAGCUGGAAACACGCGGCAGAAAAGCAUAACACAGGACGAAUUCAUCUUGGAAGACACUAGGAAUAACAUAUUUUAUAUUAUUGACUAAAUGAAUUAACUAUUUAUUAUAACAGCGAUAAAUAUUGUAGACCGAUAAAUUUACCGCUAAACGGUCUGCAUUCCAUUUAAAUACAUUUUUGAAUAACGAAUAGUUUGGGAGAUAAUUACGUGUGAACCUUCAAAUCGAACACCCUGUACAUUUUAUUUAGACGAAUAAAGAACAUACGGGUCCAGCUUUACAAGUGAUCAAUAUUUACAAGAUGCAAAAGUUGAUGUUCAUAAUCUUUCUUCUCUUUCGUAUCGGUGACGGAAACGAAAAUUGCCCUCAGAUUAUCGGACGGAGCGAGUGGGCUGAUGUAGACGCAAAAAGCAUAAAUUAUUUAAUUAUUCCCAUACCAUAUGUUAUUAUUCAUCAUACAGUUACCGCAGAAUGUGAUACUAGAAGUACAUGUAUUGCUCAAGCCGAGAACAUUCGAUCUUAUCACAUGGAUAGUAAUGGAUGGGAUGAUAUAGGAUACUCGUUUCUAAUCGGUGGAGAUGGGAAUAUAUAUGAGGGCCGCGGCUGGAAUCGUGAAGGAGCUCAUACCAUUGGAUAUAAUAAAAAGUCUGUCGCAAUUGGUUUCAUCGGAAAUUUUCAAGAAAAGGCCGCAAGUGAUAAAAUGCUGAAUGCUGCGCAUAAAUUAAUUCAUUGUGGCAAAUCAGAAGGAAUACUUAGAGCAGAUGUUCGUGUAAUCGGCGCUAAACAAGUUACAGCCACUAAGAGUCCUGGAUCACAACUUCAGAAACAGAUUAGAAAUUGGCCUGAAUGGGUUUCUACUCCGUAACCGCAGAACAUAAAUGUUUGAAUGUAGUAUUUGUCUAGCAAUAACAAUGUUAUACGAAUAAUAUGAUUAACAGGGAAAAUGUUGAUUUGGAUAAUAUAUUUAGCAUCUUUUAUUUUA